CACAGUAAUUGCAAUCAAAGUGGACCAAUAGCUGGAUAUGCUGCUGCGUGUAUUGUUUGAUGGGGAGCAGAAGUAUGUUAGGCUGUCUGACCUAACAUUCGACUCUUUCAUGAAAGAAGUGUGCCUAAAAUUUAACAUACCGGAAGGCAUGCAACCAGACUUGAAGGUGUUUGACAAAUCCGACACAGAAGUUGAUGGAGAAGUCUUUGAAGAAAUAGUGAAUGAGUCACCUGGAACCUUCAAAGUCAUGUUGAGCAAAGAAGAACUAGAUGCCUCUCUAUCAUCAACAUCAUCAUCAUGCUCAGCAGCAUCUGACGAUACUAUCAUUCUGAACGUCACAAUGUGUGACCCUCCUGAAGAAGCAGCUGCUGUCGAAGGAAGUCAGCCUAAAAAGCCAUGCCACAUUAACUGUGGGGCGAAAGCGUUGAUUGAAAAAAUCCUUACAACAAAGCCUGGUGGUGAAAAAAUCAUGCAAGAGUAUGCAAAAAUAAAAUCACUGAAAGAUGGCACCAGAAGACAGAUGAUUAACAUUCUCACUGCUGAGAUGACACAAACACAUGGGACAUCCCCCCCCAAAAGUGUCAAAGUGUUGUAUGCGCAGGGGAUAGUUGCUCUAUUUCCAUAUCUGGAGGACCCAUAUUCACAGCAUGGAUAUGAACAUUACUACGACCCAGAGAGUGGGUCCGGAUACCUUGCAUGGCGGUUGAAAACAAUCCAACGAAAAAGUGCAGAGGAAAGAGGUGUGUCUGUGAGCAAAUCUCCCAAAAUUGGUGGGCCAAGCCGUGUUCAACCCAGACCCUUCACUGCUGACAAAGCGUUAUCUGAUGAGGAUGUGGAAGCAGCUAUUGCCGUUUUGAGACACUUUGCUGAUGAAGACACCAUCCGUGACAAGAUGAAAGCUACCUUCAUUUAUCGUCAGUCAAUGGUCAGCAAUGAGAAGAGAGCAGGGGAUGUGUUCUCAGUCUUCCCGAGAUUUCUAGACACACCUGGACUGAUAGAACAAGAUUUCAGACUGCUGUUUGGGGAGGCCACAGCCAACAAAUUCCUGGAAAAGUGGGCCACUAAUCUGAAAACAAAAGUGAAAACAGAAAGCCAUGGACUGGUACCGACCAGAGAGGUCUUGGAUUUAACGCGCAAUGCUGAGUCAACUGCUGAAAUUGAGAAUGGCUGGGACAGUGACAUGUCUGCUAUAUUGCUGCUCCUCCAUCUCCUACCACCAUCUGCACAGGGAAGGAAGAGGCCGGGGAAGGUGUCGGCAUGUCAGGCUGUGGAACACCUCAUCAGAUUCAUAAAAGCUGGAACCAGUGUACAGCAGCACCUGGAUAACAUCAGCCAAAGCAGCCAGCCCUACCUCCUCGCUCAGGGUCCUGCAAGAAGCAGCAUUCACACCUUCUUUAUUGUGAUUGACAAGUAUGCGCUUCCAUGUAAGGCAACAGGUUCAGUGGGAGCCCUAGACGAACUCUUUAAGGCCCAUUACGUCUUUGGUACCUCUUACAGCUCUUCCUUGGCCAACUUUUUCACUUUUCUCCAAACAACCAUUUACAACAUUGAUGUUGGGGAAACAAAGGAAACUCCCAGAGUUGCAGAGCUGCGGGCAAGAAUGGUGCGUUAGUGUCAACUAAUGAAGUGUUUUCUUUGCAAAAGUGACCAUGGGAGGCCAAACAGCCUUAUAAAGCACCUUAAGGUAAUUCAUGGUCUCUGCACUGGCCGGACUCUUCAUCUUAAAUGUGGCCAAGUUGGAUGUUCAUGUUCUUUUGGUAGCUUUUCAGGCUUUAGAAAGCAUCUGAACAAGUGCCAUGUAAGUGGUUCAUUUGAUUCUGUAGAAGAAAGUGAUUUUUCACCACACCAAAGUGUUGAGUGUAAUGCGACUGAUGUUGAUGUGUCGUCUGAACAUUUGGAGGGACAGUCCACCUUAACUUCAGCCCACCUUGUAAAUAGUUGUGCAGCAGUAAUUUCUGAUUUAAAGGCAGCAGGUGUAAGCCAAAGUGUAGUGAACUCUGUUGUGAUGUCCAUGGAAGAGAUUGUUCAAGAUAUCCAGCAGCAUGCCAAAGAAACUGUCAUUAAGCAUGUAUUUGGUGAUGAAAGAGAAACUGAAAUGUGCAAGAAAGUUGAAGCAUGUUUUGAGGAGUUAGAGAAUCCUUUCACAGUUCUUAAUUCAGAAUACAAACGAUCAAAAUUUUUAUCAGGCAAGUGGGAAACAGUGGAUCCCAUUGAAUGUGUAAUUGGCUCAAGAUUUGACACAAGGAGAAAUAAAAAGACUGGAACAUAUGAUCAGACAGUCGUUCAAGAUAAAUUCAUGUAUGUUCCCAUUUUAUCUACAUUGGAGUCAAUAUUUAAAAGUCAGUAUGUUGCAGAAAUGUUGAAAAGCUCAGACACUGAUGACUCAAGACUCAGAGAUAUUCAUGAUGGAUCUUUUUUUAAGACUCACCCUCUGUUUUCAACUGAAAAGCACACUGUGCAGAUCCAAAUGUUCUAUGAUGACUUUGAGGUAGCAAAUCCCCUCGGUUCCAAGCGAGGUAUUCAUAAAUUGGGUGCAAUAUAUUUUACCUUAAGGAACUUCUCUCCAAAAUGGAAUUCUCUCUUGGCCAACAUACACCUGUGUGCCUUAUUUCAUGCACAAGAUCUUAAACGGUACAGUUUUAGUGAAAUUCUUGCUCCUGUUGUUCGAGAUAUUAAAGUUUUAGAGAAUGAUGGUAUUGAGAUUCCACUAUAUGGUGGUCGUGUUCGUGGCAGUGUGGUACAGGUUACUGGUGAUAAUUUAGGCUUACAUAGCUUGUUUGGUCUGGUCGAGUCCUUCAGUGCAAGGUACUGUUGCAGAUUUUGUUUAACUGAAAAAGAGAACUUUCAAACAGAAUUCUCUGAAGAUUCUUCCAAAAUAGUGUUGCGCACAAAAGACACCUACACUGCUCACUGUCAAGAAAUGGCUGAUAAUCCAUCUCUUCCUUAUAUUUUUGGUGUGAAAAGGUAAUGUUCAUUGAAUUCAUUGUCAUAUUUUCACACAACUGAGAACUUCUCAGUUGAUGUGAUGCAUGACAUUUUGGAAGGGGUGGCCCAGUACGAAUUGAAGCUCUUGUUUUUGUAUUUUAAAGAACAACAUGUAACACAGGGGGAGCUGAAUUCGAGAAUACAAAGUUUUGAUUAUGGAUUCAUGGAAAGAAACAAUAGGCCUGUAUCUGUGAAUUUAGGUGGGGAGUCUAAUGAUCUGGGACUGAAUGCAAUUCAGUCAUGGUGCUUGUUGAGGAAUGCACCACUCCUCUUUGGAGAUUUGGUAACCUCUACUGACCAACAUUGGGGCCUUCUUCUUUUAUUACUACAAAUAAUGAACAUUGUAUUUUCUCCCAUGUUAUCUCAAGGUCUGUGUGUAUAUUUAAAACAUUUGAUUGUGGAACACCACAAACUGUUCAAGAUGUUGUAUCCCCAGAAAAACCUUUUACCAAAGCACCAUUUUCUUAUCCAUUAUCCUCGCAUUAUCCAGAAAAUAGGACCUGUACUUCAUAGUUGGUGCAUGCGGUAUGAAGGCAAGCACAAUUUUUUCAAGAAACAGCUCAAGUCAUUCAAAAAUAUCACCAAAACGCUGGCCAAAAAACACCAGCAUCAUAUGGCAUAUCUUUGGCGAUCUUACACAACUUUUAGUCGGUUAGACAUUGGUCCUGGGAAAAUGGUGUCUUUGGAAAUGGUAAAAGGAGGUUCUGAAAUUGUCAAGGCAGUGCAAGUGCCUUCCAGUGUUCAAGUUAUGAAAGUGAAUUGGGCUAAACACAAUGGUUUUGUUUACCGCCCACAUCUGGUUAUUUGUGGCAAAGUUGAAUCUGAAAUGCCUGUCUUUUACCAGAUUGAGUCAGUGCUGCUAAUGCAUGACAAAUUGUUGCUGCUCACUUUGCCUAUCUUUACAGUCACUUUUAAAGAACAUAACCAUGCAUAUGAGGUAACCAGGACAAAAAACAAUUCUGUGGUCUUUCAUGCUGACAGCCUGCAUUAUCCAAGGCCUUUUGACAUGCAAAUGUCAUAUGGAGGGAAUGACACAGCUCUCUUUGUUGUUCCAUAUUGCUUUAUCUGUUGAGCAAUAAAGCACACUGUAUACUGUCA